AAAUACCAUUUCCAUCAUCUGAAAAGCAAUUCCUGUCUGGAUUUAUCAAAGGUAUGAUCUGAUCAUACUUUGACACGUCUGACUGAGAAGGGAAAGUUAUUUUAUUAAACGGUAAUUGCAGAAAUGUGUUCAGAAAAAAAUCAAGGCUUUUUUAAUACUUUAAAAUGCAAAUUUGAUAAAUGCAGCAUGUCGAAAUCGAAGAGUGUGGAAGAUGUAUUAAAUUUAAAGUCAGUAAAAACAGUGGCUGAUUAUAUUCAUGACAAUGAAUUGCGUUUGAAAAGUUGCCGCGUGCCAACACAAAAUAUGCGGUCUAAAUCUUGCUCGUCUACAUCUUCUACAUCGGAAAAUUUGGCGUACGUGUUUGAAAAAGUAAAACAUAAAACAAUACCACAAUUUGUGAGUUUUGAAGCAAAAGUGCCUUGUGAAAAAUAUGAAAAAGAUAAAUAUGCUUUGAAUUAUAUGUUGGAUAAUUUUCAAAGCGAAAUUCGACCAAGAACAUUUAGUAUGCCAACACAAAAUACAUACACAAAACCAGUAAGACGGGAUAGUCAGCGCUUACACUUAAAUAUCGAAAAACAUUUGAAUGCAGAUAUCAAUACAAAAAAGCCUACUUUAAAUCAAUGCCGGAAUGUACCGGGUGCAUUUGAUUCAUUCUUCGAAGAGGAAAUCAGAACCAGAACCUCAAGCAUGCCAACGACAUCUUCCUUCGAUAAACCUCGAGUUCAGCAUCUACGUUACUCACACCAAAACCUUUAUGCCAGACCGGCAUUAGAAAUACACACAGUGCGCUUUUUUGAACUGAACAAUAAAGGUAAGAUCGUAAAACGAUCAGAAUCUAGAAGUACACGAAGCUCCACUAGUGAGCUUUCAGUAGAUGAUUUCAUAUUAGAAUCAGAAAACGCUAAUAAAAUGACCAACAUAGAUAAAGAAGGAUAUAAUAUAUAUGUAAGAGGCAUUGAAGGAGUUGGCAAAACAGCAUUAAUGCAACAAUUCUUGACAACACAGUACCUUGGUGGAUUUGACACAAGCCAUGGUAAGAAGUUAAGUCUAUAA